AAAUACUUGGCCAUUGGCAUUCCAUUUCUGCAAACCAACACUGAAGAUUAUGGCAGAGGCCUGGAGAAGCAGACUCCGUUUCCGUGAGCCAUGGCCACCGCACCACCCCCACCACUGCUACAAUCUUUAUCUUGUCAGGCUCUUCUGGCUCAUCAUCCUGGCCUUCUUUUUUAUGGAGGUAGCUGGAGUAGAAGGGAGAGUGAGCAGCAAGGGAUGCUUGCAGAGGGAGAGGGAUGCUCUCUUGCUUUUCAAAUCCGCCAUCAAAGAUCCUUCCGCCCGCUUGUCUUCAUGGCAUGCCCAAGUAGACUGCUGCGCAUGGACUGGCGUGGUCUGCCACAACAGAACAGGCAGCAUACGAGUAGCCGAGCUCAACCUUCAAAAUCCAAAUGCCUACCAACUGAAUGAGUCGGACACAGCUUUGAGGGGGUUAGAUUGGGCACGGCAUGCAUGAGGUUAAUUAUUGAAGAAGAUUUUAAGAAUCUUAAUUGUGGAGCCUGAUGCACCUUCCAACAUCGAUCUUAAUUACUAUGCAGGCCACUUUCAUUUCCUCCUAGCCUUCACGAGAGUUGACUGACCAGCCUUUGGAUUUUCGAUUAAUUAUAUAUAGCUUAAUUUAUCAUAAUCGAAUUCCUCAUUCUUCAAUAUUAUAUUAUAUUAUAUUAUUAUUGUGUGUGAACAUUUUGAAGAACAAUAACGUUGAAUGGAGAAUGAAGAAGGUUGAAUA